AUGGCACCUGCGCUAAAUUCUACAUCCUCUAUUCUCAUUGUCGGAGCAGGCACUUGGGGUUGUUCGACUGCUCUCCAUCUUGCUCGUCGUGGAUAUAAAAAUGUCACCGUCUUGGAUCCCCAUCCUGUUCCGUCACCCAUUGCGGCAGGAAACGACAUCAACAAAAUCAUGGAGCAUAGGGAGUCAAAGGACUCCGAAACCGACCCGAAAAGCAUCGCCUUCACAACCUGUUCGCGAGCAGCAUUGAAAGGAUGGAAAACAGACCCUGUUUUUCAGCCAUAUUUCCAUGAGACAGGUGCUAUCGUCUCUGGACACACACCGGCACUCAUCGAACAUAUAAAAGAAUCCGAAAUUGACCCCUCAAUCGGAACCUUUGAAAAGUUGGAAACAGCAGAUGAGUUUCGAAGGACCAUGCCGGCGGGUGUGCUGACAGGCGAAUUCACUGGUUGGAAGGGCUGGUUUAACAAGACUGGUGCUGGAUGGAUUCAUGCCAAAAAGGCAAUGUUUUCAGCUUUUACCGAAGCAAAGCGACUAGGAGUUACCUUCGUGACUGGCCCUCCGCAAGGGAAUACCGUGUCUUUGGUGUAUGAGAAUGGGGAUGUAAUUGGAGCCAAAACAGCAGAUGGGACUAUUCACCGUGCAGAUCAUACUAUCCUCUCUGCUGGUGCAGGCAGUGACCGCCUCCUCGACUUUAAGAAACAACUUCGUCCUACCGCAUGGACUCUAUGCCAUAUCAAAAUGACACCAGAGGAAGCAAAAAUGUACCGGAAUCUUCCUGUUUUAUUCAACAUCGCCAAAGGCUUCUUCAUGGAGCCUGAUGAGGAUAAACACGAGCUUAAGAUCUGUGACGAACAUCCCGGAUAUUGCAACUUUGUUGCAGACCCAGAGCAUGGUGGAGAAACGAGAAGUAUCCCAUUCGCAAAGCAUCAGAUUCCCCUCGAGGCAGAAGCUCGCGCAAGAGACUUCCUCCGCGAUACGAUGCCACAUCUAGCUACUCGUCCAUUGGCCUUUGCCCGCAUCUGCUGGGAUGCCGAUACACCAGACCGGGCCUUUUUGAUCGAUCGACACCCCGAUCAUCCCUCCCUUCUGGUUGCCGUCGGGGGGUCUGGAAACGGGGCAAUGCAGAUGCCUACUAUUGGGGGGUUUAUCUCAGAUGCAUUAGAGGGCAAGCUCCAAAAGGAACUGAAGGAUGUAGUUCGGUGGCGGCCUGAGACAGCUGUUGAUCGGGAUUGGAAAGAUACGCAGGACCGAUUUGGAGGGCCCAACAAGGUGAUGGACUUUCAAAAAAUUGGUGAAGAUGAAUGGACGAGAAUCGAGGAGGGAAAAAGUCGACUUUAG